AUGCAGCCGCUGCCUAGAGUGUGGCCGAUCCCUUCAGGCAGCACCACCCCUGGUUCAGGCAGUGUCCAUCAAGUGACCCGGUAUUCAUCUUCACGUCAUAAAUAUCGCUUCACCAACAAACACAUAUAUAAAACCCUCCUGGAUUUCGUCCUCUCCUCAGCAUCCUAUCUCACUGAGCCAUAUGUCUUUUUGUUCUGUUUCACCAUGAGUGACGAUGGAAGCCACCAUUUUUCUAAUGAGCAAGGUUGGAGAAUGGAUGACGCUGACAAAAUUCCGAUCGAAGAGUAUUCUCAUACAGUCAUUGAUCUGGAGAACGAAGUGAAUCGGGUCAUGACCGAGGUCAAUACAAAUCCAUCUCUAGCUUGA